AAACACCUUAUUGGAUGGCAUGCAUAUCUAAUUCCAUACCUUCUAUAUUUCUUGUAUAUAUAUUUUCUUUUCUUAGGAAUCAAACAGGGUUAUUGCAGGAUUUGUCAAGAAUACUAAUGGACCUUGCAAAGGGAAAGUGGAAGCAAAACAUGAUUUUCAAGGCGUGGGAGCGUUGCCGAUUAACUUCAAGGCCACACUUGAAACUAAAAUCACUGUCAGAGAAUGAUGAUCAUCAUCAUCAUGAGAAGAAGAAGAAAAAGAAUAGUCAAAUAGCCCCUCAUGGUUGUUUUUCAGUGCAUGUUGGACCAGAGAGAAAAAGGUUCGUUGUGAAGACCAAAUACGUUAACCACCCACUCUUUCAGAUGCUGCUAGAAGAAGCAGAACAUGAAUAUGGGUUCGAGAGUGAUGGCCCCAUUUGGCUUCCUUGCAACGUUGAUUUGUUCUACAAAGUGUUGGCUGAGAUGGAUGGAGAAGAGAAUCAUAAUAAUAAUAAUAACAUCAUUUUCCAUGGUUCUCGAAGAAGCUUCACUACCAUGGCUAAGGUUUUUCCUUUUUUCGUUCUUCGCAGCCCUUCACGUCUUCUUUGUCACAUGAACAAGGGUCAUGGGUCAUGCAGCGUUAUGGAUUCGGAAUUGCUCAGAAUAAACCGAUUCCAUUAGUAUAUCUUGUAAGUUCGUAAUUAAUGUGUAUAUUUUUUUAUACACUGUUGUAGAAUAUUUCUGGCUUGUAAAUCCAACGUGAAAUAUUCACAUGCAUCAUGCACCUAAAGAAUGCAAUAAAUUUGUUAGCCUUUUUUAGUUUGUUGCGAAGAUUUUUAUAUGUUGAAUUGAAAAUCAAUAAACAGUAAGGGAGAAAAAGAAGAAAAUAAAAGAGUAGUAAGAUACUCAGUUCCUAAAUCAUCAACAAGCAAGAGAGGGUGAAGACCUGCAGCAGGGACAGAAGAUUAUUUAUUUACACAUGUGUAUCUAAUAUCAUUGCAUCGCUCAUAUUUCCUAAAUAUAUAUA